CCCGGCUGCAAAUCAAUACAGCCAGAGUCCAUGGAUACAGCAGCGCGGCCAGGAAAUACAGAGGAGCUGUAGUUCCCCCAGAAAAUACACUCUACUUUAACAGAGCUGUACAUAUUUUAGCUUCAGAGGGUAGGCUUUUAGCUGUUCUUACCGGCACUCUUGGCAUGUUGGAUAUGUGUUGGAAGUGAGCUAAGUGUUUUUAUUUUUUAAGACAAACUAAAUCGACAACUAAUUUAGCCAAAGGGAAAAAUACACCUGCCGUACGACCAGGAAAGGAUUGGACGUAGCCUUUUCCAACGAAGCUACUUAUUCAACGAAGGUGGACGACUACAUUUGGGAAUAUCUGCAACAUUAGGAUAACUUACUUCACUUCUUAUGUCAUCGGAAAAAAAGUUUAUGCUAUUGACGCCAAUGAUGUAAUAUAAACUCUGGUAACCGAACGCUUCCCGUGGUUAUACGGAUAGUGCGAGGGUUGGACAAUGUCCGUAAACGAGUUAUUCACUAAGUACACCCGGGUGUGGAUCCCUGACCCGGAGGAGGUGUGGAAGGCAGCGGAGAUCAUCAGGGACUACAAGGAAGGAGAUCCCAUCCUGCACCUCAAACUUGAAGAUGAAUCGACUCUGGAGUACCACAUCGGGCCCAAACACAACGUCCUUCCGUUCCUCCGUAACCCCGACAUCCUGGUGGGGGAGAACGACCUCACGGCGCUCAGCUACCUGCACGAGCCGGCCGUCCUGCACAACCUCAAAGUCCGCUUCCUGGAGUCAAACCACAUCUACACAUACUGUGGGAUCGUGCUGGUGGCCAUCAAUCCGUACGAGCAGCUGCAGAUCUAUGGGGAGGAGGUCAUCAACGCCUACAGCGGACAGAACAUGGGCGACAUGGACCCUCACAUCUUCGCUGUGGCUGAGGAGGCCUACAAACAGAUGGGCAGAGACGAGAGGAACCAGUCCAUCAUUGUGAGUGGGGAGUCGGGGGCGGGGAAGACGGUGUCCGCUAAGUACGCCAUGCGUUUCUUCGCCACGGUGGGAGGGUCAGCCAACGACACAAACGUGGAGGAGAAGGUCCUGGCCUCCAGCCCCAUCAUGGAGGCGAUAGGAAAUGCAAAGACGACACGCAAUGACAACAGCAGUCGGUUUGGGAAGUACAUCCAGAUUGGUUUUGACAGGCGUUAUCACAUCAUAGGUGCCAACAUGCGUACCUACCUUCUGGAGAAGUCCAGGGUGGUCUUUCAGGCUGAGGAUGAGAGGAAUUACCACAUAUUCUACCAGCUCUGUGCGUCUGCUACCUUACCGGAGUUCAAAGACCUGGCCCUGACAAGUGCUGAGGACUUUACUUUCACCUCUCUCGGGGAGAACAUUUUUAUCGAGGGGGUCAACGACGCUAAAGACUUUGAGAAGACGAAAGAGGCCUUCACAUUGCUGGGGGUUAAGGAGAGCAACCAGAGCAGCAUCUACCGGGUCAUGGCCUCCAUCCUCCACCUGGGCAAUGUGGAGAUCUGCUCCGAGAGAGACGGAGAAUCCUGCCACAUAUCAAGAGACGACCCUCACCUGGGUCACUUCUGCCGCCUGCUGGGGGUGGAGCUGGAGCAGAUGGAACACUGGCUGUGCCGCAGGAAGCUGGUCACCACCUCGGAGACCUACGUUAAGAACAUGUCCUGCAAGCAGGCCGCCAACGCCCGCAACGCUCUGGCCAAGCACAUCUACGCUCACAUGUUCGACUGGAUCGUGGAACACGUUAACCUGGCCCUGCAGACUUCCUUCAAGCAGCACUCCUUUAUCGGGGUGCUGGAUAUCUACGGAUUUGAGACCUUUGAGGUGAACAGCUUUGAGCAGUUCUGCAUCAACUAUGCCAACGAGAAACUGCAGCAACAGUUCAACCAGCACGUGUUCAAGCUGGAGCAGGAGGAGUACGUGAAGGAGCAGAUCCCCUGGACCCUCAUCGACUUCUACGACAACCAGCCCUGCAUCGACCUCAUCGAGGCGCGGCUGGGAGUACUGGACCUGCUGGAUGAGGAGUGCAAGGUGCCCAAAGGAACAGAUCAGAACUGGGCCCAGAAGCUGUACAGCCAGCACUCCAGCAGCGUGCACUUCCAGAAGCCGCGCAUGUCCAACGUGUCCUUUGUCAUCGUCCACUUCGCUGACAAGGUGGAGUACCAGUGUGAUGGGUUCCUGGAGAAGAACAGAGACACCGUCUAUGAGGAGCAGAUCAACAUCCUGAAGGCCAGCAAGUUCCAGCUCGUGGCCGAUUUGUUCCAGGAGCGUAAAGACAGCUCUGCCCCAGGCUUUUCCGGUAAGUCCUCCAAGAUCAACGUGCGUCCGGCCAAGCCCGUCCCUAAAGUCCCCAACAAGGAGCACAGGAAGACAGUGGGCCACCAGUUCCGUAGCUCUCUCCAGCUCCUCAUGGAAACCCUGAACGCCACCACACCCCACUACGUGCGCUGCAUAAAGCCUAACGACGAGAAGGAAUCAUUCAUGUUUGACUCGAGGAGAGCGGUUCAGCAGCUACGAGCAUGUGGCGUUCUGGAGACCAUUCGCAUCAGCGCAGCAGGAUACCCAUCCAGGUGGACGUACCCAGACUUCUUCAACAGAUACCGGGUCUUGAUGAAGAAGUCUGACAUGACCAUCUCAGACAAGAAGCUGGUGUGUAAGAAGCUGCUGGAGACCCUGGUGAAGGACCCGGACAAGUUCCAGUUCGGCAAGACCAAGAUCUUCUUCCGGGCGGGCCAGGUGGCGUACCUGGAGAAGCUGAGGGCCGAUAAAUUCCGCUCGGCCUGCAUCAAGAUCCAGAAGUCGGUGCGGGGCUGGCUCCAGAGGGUGCGCUACCGGAAGAUCCGCCGGUCGGCCCUCACGCUGCAGAGAUACGGGCGAGGGUACCUGGCUCGCAGGCAUGCGGAGCAGCUGCGUCUCACCCGUGCUGCAGUGAUCUGUCAGAAGCAGUACCGCAUGGUGAGAGAUCGACAGGCCUACCUGAGGGUGAGACAGGCUGUGGUCACCAUCCAGGCCUUCACCAGGGGCAUGUACACCCGCAGGAUCUUCCAGGAGUUCCUGCUGCACCACAAGGCCAUCAUCAUCCAGAGGAGCGUCCGUGGCUGGCUGCAGAGGAGGAAGUUCAGGCGGGCGCGGGACGCUGCCGUCACCAUCCAGUGUGCCUUCAGGCGCGUCCAGGCCCGGCGCCGGCUGAAACAGCUGAAGAUCGAGGCCAGGUCCGCUGAGCACCUGAAAAAGCUCAACAGCGGCAUGGAGAACAAGAUCGUCCAGCUGCAGAGGAAGAUGGACGACCAGUCGAAGGAGUUAAAAACGCAAAACGAGCAGCUGCUGGUGACCAACGUCGGCCUGAGCUCUGAGAUGACCAAGCUGCAGAAGCAGCUGGAACAGGUGCGUGUUCGCCAAGGAGACGGCACCCAACUGCAGGACGAGCUGGAGAAGCUGAGGGCGGAGCUACAGGAGGCCCACGCCCACAGGAAGAGGCUGGAGGAGGAGUACGGCAGUGAGAAGCUGGGUCUGGAGCAGAGGGUGCAGGAGCUGGAGAAGGAGAAUAUUCUGUUGAAGAGCGAGAAGGAGGAGAUGAACCAGAUGAUUCUCAAACAGUCUAAGAACACCGAAGACCAGGAGAGUGGCGUGGUACAGAGGGAAAGCAAGCUGCAGACCGAGCUGGAUGAGGAGAGACAGCGUUACCAGAACAUGCUCAAGGAGUUCUCCAGACUGGAGCAGAGAUACGACAACCUCCAGGAGGAGGUCUCCUUGGCCAAGUUCCAGCCCGGCCACAGGAGGAACCCCUCCACUCAGAGCUCUCUGGAGUCGGACUCCAACUACCCCUCCAUCUCCACCUCCGAGGUGGGCGACACCGAGGACUCCAUCCAGCUGGUGGAGGAGAUGGGAGUGGAGAAGGCAGCGAUGGACAUCAGUCUGUUUAUGAAGCUGCAGAAACGCGUCCGGGAGCUGGAGCAGGAGAGGAAGAGGCUGCAGACCAACCUGGACAAGAUGGAGGAGCUGGCGACGCAUAAGGGUAUCGAGCCAAAGGGUUCUACGUCAGAGCAAGAGGGAGAAGACCUGGCCUACAACAGUCUGAAGAGACAGGAGCUGGAGUCUGAGAACAAGAAGCUGAAGAACGACCUGAAUGAGCUCCGGAAGGCCAUCGCUGACCGCGCCUCCCAGAACAGCUCCUCCAAUGAGCUGCAAGACGGCUACAACCUGCUGCUCAACCAGCUCAAGGCGGCCAAUGAGGAGCUGGAUGUUCGCAAGGAGGAAGUACUCAUCCUCAGGACCCAGAUUGUCAGUUCAGCCCAGCAGGAGAAGAACACCAAUCACAUAGACACCAACAUCGUCCCUGACUGGACCAACAACAGCAACAAGCCCAUCGACAAGGAGGAAGCUCUCCUGGCCUACCAUGGGAUCUGUGAAUCCAAGAAGCUGUUGGAAGCCCAGCUGCAGUCCCAGACCAGACAGCACCGGGACGAGCUGGAGGCUCUGCACACCCAGGUGGAGCUGCUGAAGGCCGACCUCCACAAGAGGCAGGAGAUGCUGAACCACACCCUGGCCCUGUCGCCCGAGGCCCAGGUGGAGUACAGCGUCCAGCAGGAGAUCACGCGCCUCACCAACGACAACCUGGAUCUGAAGGAGCUGGUUGAGAAGCUGGAGAAGAACGAGAGGAAGCUGAAGAAACAGCUGAGGAUCUACAUGAAGAAGGUCCAGGAACUGGAAGUGUCCCAGGCCGCCCAGCCCAGUAAGGCCAGGCCGGAGCUGACCCGACAGGUGACCGUCCAGCGCAGGGAGAAGGACUUCGAGGGCAUGCUGGAGUACUACAAGGAGGAUGAAGCUUUGCUGGUCAAAACCCUCAUCACAGACAUGAGGCCUCACACAGUCUCAGCCACCGUCCCCUGCCUGCCCUCCUACAUCCUCUUCAUGUGCAUCCGCCACGCAGACUACAUUAACGACGACCAGAAGGUCCACUCUCUGCUCACCAGCUCCAUCAACGCCAUCAAGAAAGUCCUCAAGAAAAACAACGAAGACUUUGAGAUGACCUCGUUCUGGCUGGCCAACACCAGCCGUCUGCUCCACUGUCUGAAGCAGUACAGUGGAGAUGAGGCGUUCAUGACCCAGAACACGGGCAAGCAGAACGAGCACUGCCUGAAGAACUUCGACCUGGCAGAGUACCGGCAGGUGCUGAGCGAUCUCUCCAUCCAGAUCUACCAGCAGCUCAUCAAAGUGGCCGAGAAAGUCAUGCAGCCCAUGAUAGUGUCGGCCAUGUUGGAGAGCGAGAGCAUCCCAAGCCUGGCGGGGGUGAAGCCCAUGGGCUACCGGAACCGCUCGUCCAGCAUGGACUGUGACGGCGAGGGCCCGAGCAGCUACACUCUGGAGGCCCUGAUCCGGCAGCUGGGUCAGUUCUACGGCACCAUGGGCGAGCACGGCCUGGACCCUGAGAUCGCAGGACAGGUCCUACGUCAGCUGUUCUACUCCGUCAACGCCGUCACCCUCAACAACCUGCUGCUGAGGAAGGACGUGUGUUCCUGGAGCACCGGCAUGCAGCUCAGGUACAACAUCAGUCAGAUGGAGGAGUGGCUACGGGGGAAGAACCUGCAGCAGUGUGGAGCUGUGGUUACCAUGGAGCCCAUCAUCCAGGCCGCCCAGCUGCUGCAGGUGAAGAAGAAGACGUCUCAGGACGCCGAAGCCAUCUGCUCCCUGUGCACCUCUCUGAGCAUGCAGCAGAUCGUGAAAAUCCUCAACCUCUACACGCCGCUCAACGAGUUUGAGGAGAGGGUCACCGUGGCGUUCAUCCGCAACAUUCAGAACCGUCUGCAGGAGAGGAACGACCACCCCCAGCUCCUGGUGGACACCAAGCACACCUUCCCGGUCCUGUUCCCCUACACCCCCUCCGCCCUCAGCCUGGAGACACUGCACAUGCCUGCCUCCCUCAACCUGGACUUCCUAAAUCAUGUCUGAGGCUUCGGUUCAGCCUGUCUGAGGCCUGGUUGUUAUCAGAGAGGAGGAGAACCCUCAGCGCUGCCCGGCUGUUCACCUCAAACUGCAGAAAGUGCCAGAACUCAAGGACUCACUGGAUGGUCGAGAGCUUUCUCUUCGCCCCUACAGUGAAAGGCAUUCAGGUCUUAUUUGGUGUGAAUUGAGCCCAGUUUCCUUAAAUGGGUAAACCCUUGCGCCUGGCCAUGACGGGACACUUCUCCUGGGUCCCCCUCUUGGGGAGCCUUGUCAUAUUCCACUGUCUGUGUGAAGUACCCGGGCAGGUUCAUUUGAUGUACAGAGAGUGCCAACAUUUAGCCUUUUUUUUUUUCCUUUUUUUUUUCCUUUUUUUUAACCACUUCCUAAAACUC